AUGAACUCGAAACUGGAAUAUCCGUAUUCAGAUUCCCGUCCAGAGUUGUCAGUUUUAUCGAGUGGGUUCACCGCCAAUGGCAGACCGCUAACCUCUCCGCCGCCAGCAUCUCCGUGUGGCAAGUGCAACAAUUGUCCGUGCGGCACCAGUGGCGGUGCCCCGCCCCAGCAUCCGCCCCACCGGCCGCCGCCCUCGUACGCCCACCAGCCGCAGCAGCAGCCGGAGAGCUGUCCGUAUCCCCAGGCACAGGGGCAGGGGCAGGGGCAGCCGGCCGGAGGGUGCCAGGUGAGCUCGUACCAGCCGCAAGCAGACAACAACGCCGCCUGCACCCUCUACCCGCCCCGCGCGGGACCCACAGUGGAGUGCACCUGCACCCAGAACCGCACCCGUGGAUCGGCGCCCCCGCAAUACCAGGCAGACCACAUCACCUGCAGCCGUCCGCCGCGGGAGCAGCCGCCCGCCCUGGAGACGCGCUGCACCUGCCGCGAGAAGCCGCCCAAGGCGGAGUGCCACUGCGCCCCGCCGGUGGCCCCGCCCCCCAGCAGGCGAUGUCAGCCGGCCCAGCAGCAACAGCCCACCCACAUGCACGUGACCUGCGGGCAGGGCGUGAAUCGGUCAGGUCCGCAGCCGUACCGCCAGGGGAACCAUCCGGGACAGCCGGUCAACCAGAACGCCUGCGGUCACUGCCGGUCGCAGAAGAAGCAGAAGAAGUGCUCCAUCCAGUGAGACGGUUCAGCUGGAGGAGACCGGAUCCCAGCAGGCGACAGCGGGCAGGCAGCUCAGAUCGAAACACUCGGAACACGUCAACAGUACUCACACAUUUCGGACUAUCCUAAAUUAUAGCGUUUUCCUGCCUUUCGGGACAAUAAAGCCAAUGUGACCGAUGA